AUGGGCAACGGCAACUCCCGCGAGACGGCGCUUUCGAAGCACAUUCAGAUCCGGCCCCACUUCACCGUCAAAGACAAGGCCGCGUUCCUGGAGAUCGUCAAUGACUUCUUGGCGGCGUCGAAGGGCGAGCAGAAGAACGGCUGCUACAUGUACAACUUCUACAUGUCGGAGGACGGCACUCUGGCGACGUUGACGGAGGUGUACGCCGACGGCGAGGCCCUCCUGGCGCACAUGGGCAACGUGGGGGGCAUCCUCCCGAAGGUGGCUUCGGGCGACGUCAGCGAGCUCAGCCUGCUCGAGAUCUGCGGGCCCGAGGAGGAGAUCGCCAAGGUCAAGGGCGCCAUGCCGCCCAACACCCGCUUCAUGGUCUCCUGCGGCGGCCUGGCGUGCUACAGGUACAACUGA